CCCUCAAAGCUGCUGCUGGCUAGACAAAUUGCCCAGCAUUGGCAGCUCGGCGCAUCGCUCGCCUUGUUUGUCAUGGGUUGGAAAUCGAAAUCGCCGAACGAAUCAAACACGUCGCAGCCCGCGUGUCGCCCAGUGUGUCCUCGUCGAGCCUCUUCAUCGCUGUUUCAAGUAAACUCUUUCACAGUGGCGUCUCGAGUCGGCGUCCUCUCCACUCAUGGCGAUGAAAUGACAAGCUCUAAAGCUUACCGGACGGGACCCCUGCUUUUCAGCCAUGAUUGGCACGUGGAUACGCCCAUUGACUCAGCGGAGUUUGGGAGCUUGGGACUGCUGUGUUAACUCCGUCAAUAGCCACGAGCCAUGUGCAAGUACAUGCUCUGCAAAGGAUUAAGCUGUGUUAAUUAGUAUCACUAUUCAGACAGAAUCCUGCCGCCCCCCAGAAUGGCACGAAAGGUCCAAAAACGGAGGCGUAACUUGGGCGCAGCAGCUGCCUGAUGGAAGCGUCUUCUGCUGGCAUCACGAUCCCUAUCAUCAGCACGGCACCCUGCUCGAUGUAAGACACUACGGUAUAUACAGCAUGUACCUACUUGCAGUAGCAUGUAGCUCCAGGGCUCGAAUUGUGGAUACGCGUAUCACCAAGCGGACCUGAUGUGGUGAGAGCGAUGACAGAUACCAUGGAAACGUGGGGAGCGGGUCAAUAGCCUACUCGUAUGAUAGUGCACAUGUGCAGCAAUAUAUUGAUGAUACAUGUGAUUAUCGAUUGGUCCCUCUUGAUGUUUUUACCCAAUAUGAGCCUCGCUUAUUUUUUUUGUUCAAAACAACAAGAUUCAAAAAACAAAAGCAACAAUAACAAAUCGAAAAAGCCAAAGCUACUAAACACCAGGGGCUG